AUGAUUCUUUCUAGAGGGUUGUAACAACAACUCAGAUAGGUUACUAUUUAAACGUUUGCUAAUACAACAAGAGUACCUAAUCCAUUUGCUCAUCAUGAUCAUGAUCAUGGACACUAACAUGAAGAUCAUGGACAUGGUCAUAAUAAUCAUGGAACAAAACAUUUGGGUAAUAGACCUAAAGUUGAAUAUAAUACCAUUACUAAAUUUUUAGACCACAAAAAUUUGUAUACUUAUUUUGAAUGUAAUUUUUACAAAUUAAUUUAUAGAGGGUCCUGGAUAUAUGUAUUAUCCAGGUGUGAAUUAUAAUGAGACUCACAGUAAACCAUAUGACUGGAGAGAUGAUCCAAAACAUAAUCCUGAUUACUUAAAUCCAACUAAACAUAUAAAUUGUCCUGAUCCAAAAACAUAUGUAUGGCCAUUCGAAGGAAGAUUGGAACCUUUUAAUCCUUCUUAAGCAUUAUCUUAAAAUCAUCUAUAUGAUUCAAGUUUACUAUUAAAGCCAGAAAAUAAAUAAGUUGGUUAACCAAUACAUCAUUUAACUGCAGCUCAAUAAGAUUAAGAUGCAGAUGUGAACCAUGAAUUUGAUUAUGAAUCUGAAGAUUGUGAUUUUUAGACAGAAAGCUUUAGAACAUAACAUUUUAGAAAGAGAGGUCCAAUGUGGCCAUGGGCUUUAAUUGCUACAAUGCCAUUUGUAUAUUUCUGUAAAAUUAACCCUCUAAUUUUAUAUAGGGGUUGAAUUUUUAUAUUAAAGAUAUCCAGAUGAAGAUCAUUGGAGAAUAACUCAUCCACCUCCUCUUAAUUAUCCUGAUAGUGAAGUAUAAGAUUUAUAUAUAUAAUUUUUAGGAUACUGAUGAUACAGAUACUUAUUAAGAUUACCAUUCAUCAAGUGGUAGAUUUUUGAGAGACAUAGGAAUAAUAGGAGAUUUAUGGUUUGAUAUAAAGGAUGGUAAGAAAGUAAUGAAUUAAUGGGCAGGAUGUAAUUAACCAUUGCCAGAUAUUUGA